AUGCGAUAUUCAUUAAUAAUCAUCGUUAUUUUUGCGUUAAAAAUUCAAGAAAAUGAGGCGGGUCCCCUGGAUUGGAUAAAAAUUCUGUGGAAAAAAGCAAAAGAAGCUUUUGGGAAAGCUUCAAACACGGUCAAAGACAACGUAAUGAAAGCAAGGGAAGCUUAUUUGGAAUAUGUGAAAAAAUUGGAGAACAGGUACAAUCGCCUACGAAAUUAUGGUGAAAAGCAGUGGGAUUGCGGUGCAGACAAUGUAUGGAUUUCAAAAGUUAUAGCGAAAGCAAUUUCUGAGAGUACAUGUCAUCAAAUAAUUGAGGAAACAAAUAAUGCUUGCAUUCGGCACGAUCGUUGCUAUACAGAGAAGGAAAUGACACGAACUCAUUGCGAUAAGAUUUUUUGCGAAGAAUUAGAAAUGUUAAGGGAGAAACUACCAAAGAUUCAUGUAUGUGUAGUACCUAAAUUAUUUUGUCAAGUCACCGUGUAUGGUGGAGAUAUAGCUUGGUUUCCACAAUAA